AUGACUCCUCAGAGUAAAAAGCCAGUGCUUGAUGAGAAGGAUCUUAAGCACAUUCUUAAACUCAAGCCUUAAGAUAGAUCUUUGGAUUAGAUACAAAUCAUUAAAACACAUGUUAAAGAUAUAAAGGUAUUCAAGGAAUUCAACCAGUAAAGUAAUGAGGAGUAGCUAAAUGAACUCUGUAGAAAUCUAUAACUCCAGUUUCUACCAGAAAAUAAGAUCUUGUUUGAAUAGGGUGACCGUGGUGACUCUUAUUUUAUUAUUCUUGAUGGCAGUGUUGACAUUUCGAUUAAAGUUGUGGAUGAUAAGAAUGGAGUAGAAUAUAAUAAAAAAGUAGCAGUUCUAAAAAAAGGAGAUGCUUUUGGUGAUCUCUCACUUUUAUAUGGAGCACCUAGAAAUGCUUCUUGCUAAACUAGAGAAGACUCUUACUUCAUAGUAAUGAAUAAGAGUAUAUAUGACAAGGUGAUAAAAUCGCAUCAGGUUGAAAAAAUUCAUGAGAUUGCAUAGUUCUAUCUUAACUUCCCUUUGUUCCAAAAUCUGGACAAAAUAACACUGAUGUACUUUGCUACUAAAACAAUUCCUCAAAAGUUAUAGUCAAAAUAAGUGGUUGUUAAACAAGGAGAUGACCCAGGAAGAGUGUAUUUUGUAAAGAGUGGUAGAUUGAAAAUUAUAAAGAAGGUCAACUUUAGAAUCAUACCUGAAAACGGUUAUCUUCAGUUUGAUGAGCUUAUUGAGGAUCCUAUUAUCACUGAAAUAAGACAUGGCUAAGUAGAAAACAAGCUACUUUAAUUAGAUAUAUUGGAAUAAGGUGAUGUGUUUUGCCAUAACUCUGUGAUCUAGCAUUAAAUAAUAGAAUACACUGUUAUUACUGAAGUCCCGUGUGAGGUUUAUAUCAUUAAUGAAAUGGACUUUUUGACUCUUAACAAAUACACUUUGGAUUAAUUUUAAGAGUAUAUCAAGCCUUAUCCAACUGAUAAAGAUCUAAGAAAGAUGCAUUAUGAAUCCAUAAGAUGGAAAAAUUACAAGAAUAAUAUAAUGGAAAUUAUCAAACUCAAUAAAGCUCGUAAAAGUUCCUUCAGUUCUCUAUUAAGAGGAAGUCAAGCCCCAAUGCCAAAAAUGCUUGAUCAAGAUUAUCUAAAUAUGAAUGACAAAACUCUAGUCUAUCAUAAGAACUUUAAGAUCCAUAAGGAAAAUACCAAUAAUAACAGUUAAGUCUUAGGUAAUACUUAGCAAACGCCCUCAAUUUAGCCACAUAAUUUCAAAGAGUAACUAUCGCUUUAACCUAUUUCGGAGAAAAUUUUCGAGGUCAAUAAUGAAAGCAAUUUGUUCAGUGUUAAGCAGCAAAAUAAAGCUCUAUUCAAAAUUAAAGAUGACUCUCUCAAGUCAUAAUUAAAACUUUAACCAAUCAAAGUCAACAAUAACUCCUCUUUGUAUUCAUCUGGACUUAAUACUCAAAGGGACAAAUCUAUAAAGCUGUUUGGAAGCUAUAAGAAGCCAGAUCCGGUAUUUGAGGUGGAAUAAAAGAAAAAUCAAACUAUUUAUAAGUUUGAGAGCAAAGAUCAAUAGUAUCAAAUAAUUCAUAACACCAGGAAUAUCUUUUCUAAUGGGGCUCUACCACCCUUAACACUUAGAGUUGUAAGAAAAUCAUAAAGCACAGCAAGAUUAUGA